UUAGGAAAUAUAAACUGCUAAAUACCUUUUCUCAACAGCAGUUAGAACAGUCCUGUGACUUCUAUCAGUGUCCAGCAGAGCACUGGUUAAAGCUUGUAGGAGUUUUAUUUCUGCUCUAGGAGGAUGCAGAACCCCUGACCUCAGUGCUGAUUGGCCCUGUGCUGAUCACAUGAACUCUCCCAAGAAAAACACACACCAAACUGAGCAUGUGCAGAGUGUCUCCACACUAUAUGUCAUAUCAGGGGAUAAGAUGAGGGUACUAGAAGAAGGUGAAUAUCAGAGAAGUCAGGAUCAAGCA